AUGCGAUUUAUUGGAACGGAAGAACAUGAAUCGUAUAAUGGUAGUGGUACAUAUGAUCCUAUACUAAAUGAAAAUGUCAUAAUGGAAAACAGAAAUUCUACUUCUCCGUCUUGGGUGGAACCAAUUUCUUGUGAUUUGAAAGAGAACUGUCUGAAACAAUUUCUUCAUCGAAUGUCCAUGUCAGCACUAGCUGAAACUACUUGUGCAGUUUGUAACGUUCGGAUUCCAGCGCAAAAGUCGAAAUCAGUACUUAUCUCAAAACGUACUAAUAGUAUUGAAUUACUCAAAGUUUCAGACGAAACUAAUGCUUUAAUCAUGAACACCCAGCUAUCGAAUCAGCAUCACAUAAACCACGACACUGUAACUACUGUUAAUAGUGAUGGUAUACAGAUGAUCGAUAAUGUUCAAAGUAUUUCAACUUCCAAGUCACUAUCUUUUUAUUGUGAAAAUAAUAUUAUUUUAUAUGCUGGUGGCUUAUUUCAACAGAACAAUGUGAAUAUGUGUAGACUCUGUCAAAAAUUCAAUGAUGCUUUGUCGAAAGGACGCAUUCCUAAGUUUUCAGCUGGAAAUGGUGUGUGGUUAGAUGAUGUGCCUGCUGAAUUACAAGACUUAGCAAUUCCAGAAGAAAAGUUAAUAUCACUAUAUCGUCAUAAUAGCUGUGUACUAAAACUUCAAUCACCUUUUCAUUCAGCUACAACUUCACAAACAGCAUUGAAAGGCAAUUGUAUUACUUUUAUUCAAAAUAUAUCAAACAUUGUUGAUAGUCUACCACUAAAACUCGACGAUCUAUGUGACACAUUAAAAGUUAUUUUUGUUGGAUCUCGUCCUCCUGAACGUAUUCAUCUUAGAAAAAAUUUUAACAGUAAGCAAGAAAAAAAUUAUUCAGGCUCUGCAAUGGCUGAAGAAAUAUAA